AGAAGAUCACGAGGGAGAACCUCGCGCGCCUGAACGGCACGCCGAUCCAGCCGUCCAACGUCGUGUCGACCAACGACCUGCGCAUCAAGGACGCCUUCCUCGUCUUCCGGGCGCUCUGCAAGCUCUCGAUGAAGCCGCUCGGGACCGACAGCGAGCGCGACCUCAAGUCGCCGGCGAUGCGCUCCAAGCUCCUGUCGCUGCACCUCAUCCUCACGGUCCUCAACAACCACAUGCCCUUGUUCACCGACCCGCACGUCGCCAUCAUCUCGUCGACCUCGCGCGAGCGCACGCCGUUCCUGACGGCCGUCAAGCAGUACCUGUGCCUCGCCCUGUCGCGCAACGCCGUGUCGCCCGUCAUCCAGGUGUUUGAGCUGUCGUGCGAGGUCUUCUCGCGCAUGCUGAGCGGCAUGCGGCAGCGCCUCAAGAAGGAGAUCGAGGUCCUCCUCAACGAGAUCUUCCUGCCCAUCCUCGAGAUGCGCAACUCGACCGUGCGCCAAAAGUCGCUCCUCCUCGCCGCGUUUGCGCGCCUCGCCCAGGACCCGCAGGCGCUCGUCGACAUCUACCUCAACUACGACUGCGACCGGUCGUCGCUCGACAACAUCUACGAGCGCCUCCUCAACGUCGUCUCUAAGCUCGGCACGACCUACUUCCCGCCCUCGACGCCCAAGCCCAACGAGCCCGUCCUGUCGGCCCUCGCGCCCUCGGCGUCGCCGUUCCCCCUCGCCGCCACGUCCCUCUUUGACGACUCGCGCUUCACCGACCCGGCCUUUGUCGGCACGCCGCCCGAGGCCCACAUCAAGCGCCAGAGCCUCGAGUGCCUCGUCACCGUCCUGCGCUCGCUCGUGUCCUGGGCAGGGCGCGGCGCCGGUGCGACGAGCGGCUCGGCGGUCCCGCCUACGCCCUACAACGGCACCUCGGCGCGCCAGAGCGAGGACGGCGGCGCCGAGCCCCGCAUGAGCGAGGCCGACGGCGCCGCGAACGGCGGCGGCGGCGGCGGCGAGCGCACGCCGGCCCUGUCGUCGUCCAUGUCGUCGACGGCCCUGAACGGCGGCGCCGGCGGCCGCAGCAGCACGAGCGGCGCCAACACGCCCGACGUGUCGGCGCCGGACGACCCGUCGCGGUUCGAGAACGCCAAGCUGCGCAAGACGACGCUCCUCGAGGGCAUCAAGAAGUUCAACUUCAAGCCCAAGCGCGGCGUCGCGUUCCUCGUCGAGCACGGCUUCAUCCGGUCGACCGAGCCCAAGGACAUUGCGCGCUUCCUGCUCCAGGCCGACGGGCUCGACAAGGCGCAGAUCGGCGAGUACCUCGGCGAGGGGUGCCCCGAGAACAUUGCGGCCAUGCACGCGUUCGUCGACUACAUGGAGUUUACGUCGAUGCGGUUCGUCGACGCGCUGCGCAUGUUCCUCCAGUCGUUCCGCCUGCCCGGCGAGGCGCAGAAGAUCGACCGCUACAUGCUCAAGUUCGCCGAGCGGUACACGGCGGGCAACCCGGGCACGUUUGCCAACGCCGACACGGCCUACAUCCUCGCCUUCUCGGUCAUUCUCCUCAACACGGACGCCCACAAUCCGCAGGUCAAGAAGCCGAUGACGCAGGCCGAGUUCAUCCGCAACAACCGCGGCAUCGACGACGGCAAGGACCUCGACGAGCAGUUCCUCGUCGAGAUCUACGACGAGAUCAACGCCAACGAGAUCCGCAUGAAGGACGAGGUCGAGGCGGCUGGUCCGCAGGCCCCGGCCGCAGGCCUCGCCGGCACGAUCGCGUCCGUCGGCCGCGACUUUCAGCGCGAGGCGUACCUGUGGCAGUCCGAGACCAUGGUCAGCAAGACCGAGGCCCUGUUCCGCACGCUCGUCCGAGGUCAACGACGCGGCGGUCGCGCGAGCGACGAGUACUACUCGGCGUCGCACGCCGAGCACGUCAAGCCCAUGUUCGAGGUGGCGUGGAUGCCUAUCCUCGCCGGCAUCUCGGGCCCGCUCCAGGACUCGGACGACCUCGAGCUCAUCGGCCUCGCCCUCGAAGGCUUCAAACAGGCGAUCAAGAUCGUGUGCCUGUUCGACCUCGAGCUCGAGCGCAACGCGUUCGUCACGACCCUGUCCAAGUUCACGUUCCUCAACAACUUUGGCGAGAUGCGGCCCAAGAACGUCGAGUGCAUCAAGACGCUCCUCGACGUCGCCAUGGUCGACGGCAACUACCUCAAGGGCAGCUGGCGCGACGUCGUCACGUGCGUCAGCCAGCUCGAGCGGUUCCAGCUCAUCGCCCAGGGCGUCGACUCGCAGGCCCUCCCUGAACUCGGCCGCAAGCCGUCGACGGGCGGCAAGCGGCGCUCGACCGUCACCAAGCGCACCAACCGUCCGACCGACGAGGUCGCGCAAGAGACGAGGUCGCAGCACAUCACGAUCACGGCCGACAUGAUCUUCUCCUCGACGCCGCACCUGUCUGGCACCGCCAUCGCCGACUUUGUCCAGGCCCUGAGCGACGUGUCGUGGGAGGAGAUCCAGUCGUCAGGCCUCGCCGAGCAGCCGCGCGUCUUCUGCCUGCAAAAGCUCGUCGAGAUCUGCUACUACAACAUGAACCGCAUCCGCCUCGAGUGGUCGUCCAUGUGGCUCAUCAUCGGCGAGCACUUUAACCAGGUCACGUGCCACACCAACGCCAAGGUGUCGUUCCUCGCGCUCGACUCGCUCCGCCAACUCGCGAUGCGGUUCCUCGAGAAGGAGGAGCUCGCCCACUUCAAGUUCCAGAAGGACUUCCUCAAGCCGUUCGAGCACGCCAUGGUCCACAACACGAACCCGGACGCACGCGACAUGGUCCUCCAGUGCCUCCACCAGAUGAUCCAGUCGCGAGGGCGCAACCUGCGCUCGGGCUGGCGCACCAUGUUCGGCGUGUUCGCCGCCGCCGCCAAGGUCCCGACCGAGCGGAUCGCCGUCCAGGCGUUCGACAUCGUGCAGCGCGUCAACAAGGACAACUUCUCGCAGAUCGUCGAGUUUGGCUCGUUCGCCGACCUGACGGUCUGCAUCACCGACUUCUGCAAGGUCACCAAGUUCCAGCGCGUGAGCCUCCAGGCGAUCGAGCUCCUCAAGUCGCUCGUCCCGAUGAUGCUCGCGUGCCCCGAGUGCCCGCUCAGCGUCGCGGCCAACGGCGGCAAGCCCGUCGAGGCGACGGCGACCGACGACCCCAUGAUCCGGUUCUGGUUCCCGCUCCUGUUCGGUUUCUACGACGUCGUCAUGAACGGCGAGGACCUCGAGGUCCGCAAGCGCGCCCUCGACUACCUGUUCGACACGCUCAAGCGCCACGGGUCGACCUUCCCCGCCGAGUUCUGGGACACGAUCUGCAAGGAGGUCCUGUUCCCGAUCUUUGCCGUCCUGCGGUCGAGGUCGGACGUGUCGCGGUUCUCGACGCAGGAGGACAUGAGCGUGUGGCUCUCGACGACCAUGAUCCAGGCCCUGCGCAACCUCGUCGACCUGUUCACCUUCUACUUUGACGCCCUCGCGCGCAUGCUCGACAAGCUCCUCGACCUGUUGAGCGAGUGCAUCUGCCAGGAGAACGACACGCUCGCACGGAUAGGGACGUCGUGCCUGCAGCAGCUCGUCGAGGACAACAUCGACAAGCUGUCGGGCGAGCGGUGGGAGCGCAUCGUGUCGACCUUUGCCCAGCUCUUCAAGACGACGACGGCGUACCAGCUGUUCGACCCGACCCUCCUCCUCCCCGAGUCGGCGCACGCCUCGACGCCGACAUCGUCGUCGCCAUCGUCCACUUUCGCGCCCUUGUCCCCGCCCGUGCCGGCCACGAACGGGAACGGCGCCGAGGAGGGCUCGCCGGUCCCGCCGCCCAAGCCCGGUCCGCCGGUCGACCGCCGUCGCGUGUUCCGCCAGAUCAUCGUCAAAUGCGUCCUGCAGCUCCUCCUCAUCGAGACGACGCACGAGCUCCUCCAGAACGAGCGCGUGUACAAGACGAUCCCGCCGUCCGAGCUCCUGCGCCUCAUGACGGCGCUCGACGAGUCGUACCGGUUCGCGCGCAAGUUCAACGCCGACAAGGACCUGCGCAUGGCGCUGUGGAAGGUCGGCUUCAUGCGCGACCUGCCCAACCUGUUGCGGCAGGAGAGCACGAGCGCGGCGACGCUCGUCAACGUCCUCCUGCGCAUGUACAGCGACGUCCAGCCCGAGCACCUCGAGAAGCGCGCCGAGGUCGUCGACGUCUUUGCGCCACUCGGCCUCGACGUUCUCGCCAACUACGUGUCGCUCAACCCCGAGACGCAAGCGCGCAACAUCACGGCCUGGACGCCUGUCUGCACCGAGAUCCUGCAAGGCUUCUGCGCGUUCGAGGACGAGCCCUUCAAGGCGCAGCUCCCGCGGCUGUACCCGCUCGUGACCAACACGCUCGUGCGCGAGUCGGACCCGACGCUGCGCGAGGCGGUGCGCCAGGUGUUUGUCAAGGUCGGCCAGGUGGCGCUCGGCAUCACGGGCGGCGAGGGCGAGGAGCAGUAGACGUCUGUGUUUGUGCGUUCGAGGGCGGCGGCGGCGCGUGCUGUAUCUGUGUCUCGUUGCCUC